AUGACCGGUCUAUCAUUUGACCCUGCAAAUGACGCCCCUGAUGUGGAAGGGAAGGUUAUCUUCAUUACAGGAGGAACUGCAGGCCUCGGCGCAGAGACAGCCCUCCACCUAGCUUCCAAAAAGUUAUCUCACAUCUACAUCAGCGGCCGCAACGCCAAAUCCGCCACCUCUAUCAGCGAGAAAGUGCAAAAGACCAACCCCAGCACAGCCAUCACCUUCAUAUCCUGCGACCUAACCGACCUCUCCUCGGUGCAAUCUGCCGCCCAGAACUUCCUCGCCCAGGAAUCUCGUCUCGACAUCCUGAUCUGCAAUGCCGGAAUCAUGGCCACGCCGCCCUGUACCAGCAAAGACGGCUACGAGAUCCAGUUCGCAACGAACCAUCUGGGUAAUGCACUUCUCAUCAACUCCUUCCUGCCUGUUCUGCGCUCAACAGCCUCAGCCUCAGCCUUUAGCAAGACUACUAACACCAGCAUUAAACCCCGAAUCAUCCUCCUCACGUCCACGGGCUACCUCCUCCACCCCCUCUCCGGCAUCAACUUCGACACCAUACGAACCCCCAAGAAAACUUCUUUCUAA